AAAAAUUGAGACCACGCGAUUUGUGGUUUUCUAAAAUCUCUUUCUUUGAUUGUGACUAAUUUUACUGAAUAGAAUUUAAUUUUAUAUCUCUAAAAAUGUACGGACAACAGCCUAUUAUAGUUUUGAGUCAAAACACAAAACGUGAGUCCGGCCGGAAAGUUCAGUUGGAAAAUAUUAAUGCUGGAAAGACGAUAGCGGACGUUAUAAGAACAUGCCUCGGACCUCAGGCAAUGUUGAAAAUGUUAAUGGACCCCAUGGGCGGUAUUGUAAUGACUAACGACGGUAAUGCUAUCCUUCGAGAAAUCACCGUGCAACAUCCCGCUGCCAAAACCAUGAUCGAAAUUGCGAGAACACAGGAUGAAGAGGUUGGUGACGGCACAACGUCAGUCAUUGUUCUGGCGGGAGAAAUCCUGGCCGUCGCUGAGCCUUUCCUCGCACAAAACAUCCAUCCCACUGUCAUAAUCAGAGAGUACCGUCAGGCGUUAGAAGAUGCAGUGCAGCUGUUGCAGGAGAAGAUAUCAGUACCUGUUGAUUUGAAUGACAGAGAAAAGUUGAAGGAAGUUAUCCGCUCCUGCAUUGGCACCAAGUACAUUGGCAGAUGGGCCGACCUGGCUGUGGACAUUGCCCUGGACGCUGUCAACACUGUGACCAUCAAUGACAAUGGCAGAAUUGAAGUUGAUAUUAAAAACUACGCAAAAGUAGAGAAGAUUCCUGGUGGCACAAUCGAAGAGUCGAAAGUGCUGAAUGGUGUGAUGAUCAACAAGGACGUAACCCAUCCCAAGAUGAGGAGAUACAUCGAGAACCCCAGGAUCGUCCUGCUCGACUGUCCCCUUGAAUACAAGAAAGGCGAGAGUCAGACCAACAUUGAAAUUGUCGGGGAACAGGACUUCACUAAACUUCUGCAAUUAGAGGAGGAGCAUGUGCAGCGUCAGUGCGAAGACAUCAUCGCGCUUAAGCCAGACAUCGUGUUCACAGAGAAGGGCGUGUCCGACCUCGCACAGCACUACCUCGUGAAGGCCGGCAUUACGGCUAUCAGAAGACUCCGCAAGACCGACAACAACCGCCUGGCUCGCGCGUGCGGCGCCACCAUCGUCAACCGUACUGAGGAGCUGAAGGAGUCGGACGUGGGCACCCAGGCCGGGAAAUUCGAGAUCAAGAAGAUCGGAGACGAGUACUUCACCUUUGUGACCGAGUGCAAGAACCCUAAGGCGUGUACAAUUCUCUUGCGUGGCGCCUCCAAGGACGUGCUCAAUGAAAUCGAAAGAAAUCUCCAGGACGCCCUCCAUGUUGCUAAGAAUUUGGUGCUGAACCCGCGUCUGGUGGCGGGCGGCGGCGCGGCGGAGAUGGCGCUGUCCCUGGCGUUAGCUGCGAAGGCGCCGCACCACACGCCCUACCGUGCCGUCACGCAGGCGCUAGAGAUAAUCCCCCGCACGCUGGCACAGAACUGCGGCGCGAACACUAUCCGCGCGCUAACCGCGUUGCGCGCCAAGCACGCCGCCGGCCACAGCGGCGCGGGCAUCGACGGCGAGACGGGCGAAAUCGUGGACAUGCCCUCCAAGGGCAUAUGGGAGCCGCUAGCUGUUAAACUGCAGGUAUACAAAACAGCGAUUGAAACCGCAAUCUUGCUGCUCAGAAUAGACGACAUCGUGUCGGGAUCCAAGAAGAAGGCCGGCAACGACCCGCCCGCGCCCGCUGAAAUGGCCGCCAUGGAGUAACAAGAUGGCGGAUGCUAACAAAAUGGUGGACGCUAUAAAAAUGGCGGAAGCUACUUCUAUUUUUAAUACCCUCUAUAUUAACCAACACACUUAGCAUGAUCAUAUAAAUGUUUGCUUUCUAUGGUAGAAUAAACUGUGACUGAUUGGCAAGGGAAAUGUAUGAGAAAGCCCCUAAAAAUUGUCACUGUUUCUCGUUUUUGCCAUUUCUACUGUGGUCAUGUUAAGCCUGCAGUUAAAAUGCAUUUAUAAGCAUACGUUAGACCAAGAUAUACCUGUUUUGUUAGCAAGAGAUUGACUUUAUACACUUGUAUUGGUCAAGCCAGAAAUGCAAUGUCGGACAGGAGUAAUAUAAUAUUUAUAUUCCGCUAUACUGCCGAAGGUUAAUAUAGUUUUAAAGGCCUUACAAUUAAUGCUUAGUUGUACGUUAGUUAUAAUUUGAGUUACACGUUUAUAAACUCAGAUUUGAGUCUAUUAAAAUAUAUUUAUUAUACAUUUCGCUAAUACAUUCAAUCCAUUUUAAUAACAUUAAAGAUAAAAGAUAACACUUCUUUCAUAAAAGUAAGGUAAAAAGGUGGAUUAAAAGGAACAAUAACUUAAGUACAUUUGUAAUAUUUGAUAAAGAUUUUAAAUAAUUUGUAUUGCAACUUAGGAACACUAAAGUUUUGGAAAAACUUGUAACUUUUUGUUAAACUUCAAAUUGUCACAUUUUUCGCCUUUAUUCUAAGCUUAUUUCUGAUACGUUCUGGUAACACUAGCAUUUAUUUCUAAAUAUUAUAUUAAUUAUAGUAUUAUUUGUGAUUAAAUGCGCUUAAAACUA